AUGGAGGAGGAGGAGAUGUACCUGGAGCUCUACCUGGACCAGUGCGCCGCCCAGGAUGACCUCGCCCCACCCGCGUUGCCCCUGCUCAGCCCAGUUGCACCGUAUGACAUCUACAUAUACAAUUCAUCCAAUCCAGAGGCCGCGUUUAAUUCACACCUUGAAAAAGUCAAAGAAACAUCUGGUGGUUUCUCAUCUGUGGAUCUGAGCUUCCUACCAGAUGAGCUUACCCAAGAAAACAGAGACCAGACUGUCAUUAGAAGCAAGCAUGAAAUGGAAGAAGACUGUAAAACUCAAAGUCAGCCAGGUAGGCUGCUCUUAGCCAGCCAGCAGGACGUUGGCCUGGGCUUCAACAGCAGCAGUUCGUCAAGUUCCCACUCACACCUGCACCCUGCUGAUGCUGACUCAGUCCAGCCACCUCCUGAGAAAACAGACUCCUUGCCUCUUGCGUCCAUCACUCCCAUGACGCCAAUGACCCCUGUUUCGGAAUGUUCUGAAAUUGUUCCUCAACUACAGAAUAUAGUUUCUACUGCAAACCUUGCCUGCAAAUUGGAUCUGAAGAAAAUAGCUUUGCAUGCAAAAAAUGCAGAAUAUAACCCAAAGAGGUUUGCUGCUGUCAUAAUGAGGAUCCGAGAGCCCAGGACAACAGCCCUCAUAUUUAGCUCUGGGAAAAUGGUCUGCACAGGAGCCAAAAGUGAAGAGCAGUCUCGACUUGCAGCAAGAAAGUAUGCUCGUGUGGUGCAGAAGCUUGGGUUCCCUGCCAGAUUCCUCGAUUUUAAAAUUCAGAACAUGGUUGGAAGCUGCGAUGUGAGGUUCCCCAUCAGGCUGGAAGGUUUGGUGCUAACCCAUCAGCAAUUCAGUAGUUAUGAACCUGAACUGUUUCCUGGCCUCAUUUAUAGAAUGGUAAAGCCACGGAUUGUGCUGCUUAUCUUCGUAUCUGGAAAAGUUGUGUUGACAGGUGCCAAAGAACGUUCUGAGAUCUAUGAAGCAUUUGAAAACAUCUAUCCCAUUCUAAAGGGUUUUAAAAAAGCCUGAGUAUAUCAUUCAACAUCUCACAGUAUAUUGGUUUGAGUGCGUGCCCAGCACAGAAACAGCUGGAUUUUUCUACCUUUAAUUGUAGAUGUUCCAUACACAUUUUGACUUUACUUAUUAAAAGGUGAUUCUAUGUGAGUAACCAUGCCUAAGAAAUGAAAACUUCUUAU